AUGGCUGAAAUCACUUAUAAAAAAUCGACAAUCAAUGAGAAUAACACGGUUGAGAUUACUGUGCGCCAUAUUUUGCACUUCUCGGACGUGCACCUUAACAUCUCCAAGUCACUGAACGCCAGCGACUCGGCUCAGAUCCCCGUCGCCUAUGGUGAUGACGCACCAAUACGUUUGUUGGUGUCAGCGCUAGACUACGCCAAGACGCUGCUACCAGAUCCAGACUUCUUCCUCUACACUGGGGACCAUGCGGUGCAUGGAGAAUUGUCGAACGAAUACCUCACUGAAGCUGUCGAGGAGAACGUCGAGACCAUGGCCAAGUAUUACUCGACGGAAGACAAUGCCACGACGCUCGACAUCACGGCGAUCAUUGGCAAUGCUGACACAAGUGCGUGUCCUGACUACACCAUGAACGUGACAGACCCCGAGACGGAGGAGAAUCCGAUGAUCUCAUUAAUUUCCGGGGCUUGGAACAAUACGAUGUCCAGGUCUAACCUCGAUUGGUUCAACCGCCGUGGAUACUUAGCGUAUGCCCUGGACGAUAAUCUUAUCGUGAUCACACUGAACACACUUCCGUACUCGCCAAGUCAUCAACCAGAUACGUCAAACUUGCCCGAUCCGUUCGGGCAGUUCGCGUGGCUGAAUGCCUCGCUGUUCGAAUUGCGAGAUGCUGGCAAGUUAGCCUACAUCGUUGGUCACAUCCCGCCUAUUAUUGACUCGUAUGCUGGAGCACCUAUGUGGAACGAGACGUACAUCAAGACGUACAAGCAGAUCGUCAGUCAAUACACCGAUAUCAUUAAGGCACAAUUCUUCGGCCAUGUGCACAGUAUCGAGUUCCGACUGCCUCUUUCCAGCAGUUUGAGUACGCAAUUCCAACAGAACGGAGUGACGGUGGAUGAUAAUUAUGAGGACAGCUCGAAACUCGUGCCGCUGUUUAUGACGGCGGCAAUUUCUCCGUUGUUCUUUAACAAUCCAGCUUUCAUGGUCUGGGAUUUUAACUCCACGACGUAUGACAUUCUCGACUUAACAGUUUACGCACGGAGUAUGGCGUCAGUUCAUUGA